UGACAGAUAGGAAUUGGGAUCAAGAAGACGAAACUGAAGAGUGUCUGUUUCUGAAAUAUUCUCGUUUGAAAAAGCAUCUUCCUUCAGAAUUUGACAUACUUGCAACAUUCUAAACCCAUGGUUUUGAGUACCUUUAGUUAUGACUGAAGAAUGAGUUGUCUAGUCGUGAACUCUGCGCAGUGUCAGCACUCAGAUGUGAAAAGUGGUAAAAGCAGAUGUUAGUCUGCUAUCCCAUGAUUUUGGGUUUCAGGAGGUCGAAGUCAUCUCACUCUGACACCUCUCCAGCACUUUGAUUUGCUAUUCCCAUGGUAGGUCUGAACCCCCAGCACUGCAUUAGUAGGGAUAGAAUUCGGAUUGAUGUAGUUUCUUUCCUAGCAAAACAACAGUGGUCUUCCCUGAGGAAAGCUUACCAUUUUGCUCAUUUUCAUAAUAAGAAUAGAACACAAGCUGGACACGGUGGCAAACGCCUCUAAUCCCAGCACUCGAGGUUGAGGCAGGAGGAUUACAAGUUCGAGGCUAGCCUGGAGCUACAUAGCAAGACCCUAUCUUUAAAAAAGAUAGGAAUCUGUAAAACCUACUCUUAGACUGGUAUCUUCUUUCUGAAUCUUCAUAGCACUCCCAUCUUUCCCUUUGCAAGUGUAUGUACUCUAAUAUGUGUAGGGGAACAAAAUCACAUGGCCGUUAACUUAUACAUUCUGGGCUAUAAUAAAACGUAGACCACCAUGUGACGACUUGCUUUGACAUUAAAAUGUCCAGGAAUGAAAGAAAUGUUUGGGCAAAUUGUACUGAAGUGAGUAUGGAGGACCACAUUUAAUUAAUUACAGUUAUUUGGGGCAAAUACAGUCAGAUGGUCCCUCAUAUGAGUUAAGGAUUCUUUUAAUAAUAACAUGAUCUGGAAUGACAGUAGAGAAUUUUUGUAUGGGAAAUAUUUUGUUUCAGAGUUGAAGUAAAGCCAAAGAUCUUGAGUAAAUUUCUGAUUGUGGACACGGUACUUUGGCAGAUGGUGGAAGAGCUGUUAGAGUCCUAGAUGCCUCCAUUUCCUUUUGGAUAGCUGCAGAGUUGGGCAGAGCUCCUCUUAAAAAUAGUGUGACUGGUGGCUGGGGGAUGGCUUAGUAGAGCACUUAGCUUGUGCAAGGGCUUGUGCAAAAAAGAAAACAAAUGUGUUGUAAAUAGAAGUAUCAUUUUUGAGAACUGCAGUACUAAGACUAGAUUGAGGCACUUGCCUUUCAGAGUGGGCUCCACUGUCAACUAUUCGUGAUCUUGAAAGUUCCUUCCAGCCUAAAACUAUGUUGUCCGGGCAGGCCUUGAACUCACAAUUCUCCUGCCUCAGCCUCUGAAGAGCUGGGAUUACAGCUGUAUACCAUCGUGCCUGACUACCUUCCAGCUUUUAAAUGAUAGCUUGUAUUUCUUGAAAACUGAAAUUUCAUUGUAAACUUCAUCAGUAACAUCUUAGAAUGUAUAUCCAAACUAUUUGAAGAACCUGCAGUGAAUACUUUUGCACCAAAUUUUGAUGAUCUUAAUCUUCUUAGAACUAUUGUGUAUACACUUCUCUCUGGAUUGGGAUUUUGUAGAUUCUGGAAGAUUCAUGAUUUGCCUCACUAGAAUUGGAAUCCACAAGAAUCUGUAGGUAAUAGACAUAGGCUAUUUUUUAACGUGCACAAUCCAUGCUUUGUUUUACCAGUAUUAACAGUAUUUUUAUGACAUUAGAUAUUAGAUCAUUUAUCUAUUCCUGCUUUUUGUUCAGCUUUUGAUCUUCCUUUCAGCCUGUUUUUCUGCUGUUUAAUUUGUAUGCUCUUGCAGGUGGGGACAUUCUCAGUGGCCAGUGAGGAAGUCUUGAAGAACAGAGCCAUAAAGAAAGCAAAGCGUAGAAAUGUUGGAUUUGAAUCUGAUAGCGGAGGGGCCUUUAAAGGUUUUAAAGGUUUGGUUGUGCCUUCUGGAGGAGGAGGGUUUUCUGGAUUUGGUAGUGGCCCUGGAGUGAAGCCUCUGGAAGGACUGUCAAAUGGGAACAGCAUAGCCAGUACUCCACCUUUCACCAGUGCAAGGGCAACAGCAGAGCCCAAGGCCGCCUUUGGGUCUUUGGCUGCAAAUGGCCCUACUGCUUUGGCGGAUAAAAAGAUUUCAAAUCCCAAGACGAAUGGCGGUGGUCAGCAGCCCUCCUCCUCUGGCCUGGCCACUGGUACAGCCUGCCCCAGCAGUGCUUAUCACAGGCACUUGGCUGCCCUGAACUGCUCUGUGCGGGACUGGAUAGUGAAGCAUGUGAACACAAAUCCGCUCUGUGACCUCACGCCCAUCUUCAAAGACUAUGAGAAAUACCUGGCAUCCAUUGAGCAGCAGCGUGAGGACAGUGGUGGCGCUAACUCUGAAAGUGGGACUGACAGGAUGUCAGUUGGAACACAGCCUCCUUCGCUAUUCAGUUCAACAAAACUACAGCAAGAGGCAACAUUUUUGUUUCAUGGCAGUAAAACUGAGGACACAUCUGAAAAGAAGAUGGAGAUUGGGUCCGAAAAGAAAGUGGAACCAGCACAAGGAGCAACAAGUGCCUCAUUUAAUUUCGGCAAGAAAGUCGAUAGCUCGGUUUUGGGCUCAGUAAGCUCUGGUUCCCUGACUGGAUUUUCAUUUUCCCCUGGAAAUUCCAGUGUAUUUGGUACAGAUACUACCCAGAGUAAAGCAGGCUCCCCUCCACUCUCUGCCUGCACAUUAGAGAGCCAAGCAGAAGGCGGCAGUAAUAACUACAAAGGUGGAGAAGAAGAAGAAAGUGACGAGCCACCCAAAGUGGUCAUUACUGAGGUGAAGGAAGAAGAUGCUUUCUACUCUAAAAAGUGUAAACUAUUUUACAAGAAAGACAACGAAUUUAAAGAGAAGGGUGUGGGUACCUUGCAUUUGAAACCUACAGCAAAUCAGAAGACACAGCUCUUAGUGCGGGCUGAUACCAAUUUAGGCAACAUAUUGCUGAAUGUUCUGAUUCCACCCAAUAUGCCGUGUUCUCGAACAGGGAAAAACAAUGUGCUCAUUGUCUGUGUUCCCAACCCACCGCUUGACGAGAAGAACGCCACCGUCCCAGUCACCAUGUUAAUUCGGGUAAAAACUAGCGAGGAUGCAGACGAGUUGCACAAAAUCUUGCUGGAGAAAAAAGAUGCCUGAACACGUGAGCUCUGUGGAGGAAUCAUUGCCAAGCUGCUGCUGCUUCCCCCAGCACCCCAAACUUAGUCAGUUUUUCUUCUCUUACUUUGACAUUCUAAGAACUUCUAGAUAACUGAAAACUUUUGUGAGGAAGAUUAAGGCAAAUAAAACCUUUCAAUGUUAAGUGUUGAGAAACUAUUCUCCCUUCUUAAGAACUGUCUAAUGUGCAAAAUACACUUGAGUGAAAAUUUUUGAAAGAUUUUUUUUAACAUUCAUUCGUUGAUUAAACUAACCAUAAAUGAUUUCUUAAUGGACUGCAAUCAGGGUACCAAUUGCUUUCCCAAAGGCUGUUCCGAUCAAUCCGCGGGUUCCAGGUCUUCUCCAGCAUGGUGAGGCUUUCCAACGGCGAUGUUCCGGCAGCAUCCAGAACGAAACUCUCCUGUGGGCUUGACUGAGACCAGCACUCUAACCAAACGAACCAUGCCACCACGCUGUGACAGAGAUGCUUGUCCUUUGCUUUGCUUUGUUUCCUUUUCAAGCUGAAAUGUGGGUACCAGAUGCUCGUCAUCAGCCUGUUAUCUGCAGAUGCUGCCCUUUAAUUUGUGGGCUGCUUUACUGUCAUUCAGGAACUGCCUUUUCAUUUUAAAAGGAAGUGGGUGCUUGUGAAGGAGUUGUUGGGGUUUGUAGAUUUGGGUUUUGCAGUUUUUAUCGUGAGGUGCUGUUACUUCUUUAUCCCCACCAAGACAAUUAAUUUAGAAGGGAAUUGCCAGGAAUGGCUUUACAAGCACAAAUUUCAUAGUUUAUCAUUUCUAGAUCAUGAACAAUAAGCCCUUAUGAAAAAAAGUGAAACCAUGCGAAAAUAGUAAGAUGUGCUCAUUGUCAUUUGUACACGAACCUAAGGACAUAAAACCACAUAGUAAGUGAGCUGUGUGAAAUGUGCAGUAAGGAAUGGAAAAGAAAAUUGUGUGUAAACUUUGCCUUUAACUUAGUGUAUUAAUACAUUUGCUCUCUGAAAUCCCUGUUUACUUUUUGCAAGAAUAGGAUACUCAAUGUGUCCAUUUGGAAGAGAGCCAUGGUUAUGCAACAAUGUCCUCAUCACUUCUCCAGAGCUCAGGGGACUACCCUAGCAUUCUUUGAAGACUCUUGAGCACAUGAAUUGGAUGCAAUGUUUGAUGUCUGAGUUUCCACUUUCAUUCCUCAUCAGUCAUGUAAUAUUGCUGCCAGGUGAUCGUUUCAAGGCUCAGGGUCGGUGUCCAAAGGCUCACACUUAUACAUUCUGCAGUGUUCUGACUUAGGAGAGAGUCACAAUAACUGGGUGGUAUGGUUGCUUGUUCGAAACCAUAGUCUCUAGGUGUAAGUGUGUGUGUGUGGGGGGGGGGGUCUUGUGAUAAAACCUGGCUAACUCUUAAGAACUUAGGAGAAGUAAUUGGGCCAGUGUUGCUCAUGGGAUUCUUACACUGCCUUGUGCUCCUCGUUUUCUGACUCCAGUGGGAGAGCUUGGCCUGUGUGUGGCUUUGGAUAGCUGUGUGCAGAGCGGUGUACUUGGGUUGUCAUAGGGUGUGGUCCAACUCGUAGCUGUAUUGUGUCACUUGGGGAGGAAGUGAGGAUUAGUUUUGCAUUUACUUUUUAGAAUUGAGAAUGUUUUGAGUUUUUGUUCGAUAAUUUACAGUAAGCAAGUGGUUGAUGCUGUUACAAUAAUACUGACCCUGUCCUGUUCACAUUGGGUUUAUUUGACAAUUUUUUUUAAUAAAGAGUAAACAAGGGGGACAAUUUUCAGAACAUUAUAGCUCAGCCACACAUGUGCCUGUGGUGCUAGCCAGCAUAAUAAACUCACUGCACCUUAGGAACAAGUUACUGUCAUUGUCUGCACAUGUGAUAGUAUUCACAAGAAAUGAUGUGAAAAGAUCAGGAUUGGAUUACACUUUAAAUCCCCCCAUCCGAGUUUAUUUUUAAUGAGUGGAUGUGUGUGGCUUGCUUUCUUCCUAUCAUUCCCAGCAAAUUGCUGCUGCUAAGACUAUCACUGUUGAAGUGAAAAUUACAGGGAAAAAUGUGCUAUGUAUACCAUGACUCAAAGUGAUAUUUUCUUAAUCUAUUAUGCUUUAGGAACUGUUGCUCUCCACUUCAUGUAUUUGUACACAAGAAUUUGAAUGUAUGGAUUUUACUGUAAAGUCUCACUCCUGUGUGUUACUUGGGGGAGGGGCCCCCGGAGGGCUUACCUGUUUUUCUCCCUCUGUGUUAGUAGCUAAUUCUGACUCAUGGGUUAUUUUAGUUUGAUUUAGUUUUAACAAAAUGUUGGAAAUUGGGCUUUAAAAUGUUUAAUGUGAACUAAAAUUUUAGUUUGAAAAUCUGUAAGUUAUACCACAGACUGGCCUAAGUGAAGGGUAUAUUUUUUUCUUUAAGUCAGAUUGCAUCUUGACAAAUGCUGAUCCCUGUGGCCUUUUUUCUCCAUACUGAUGUAUUAGUCUUUACCUUUUGCACAUUCCCAGUAAGCAAAAAAUUGAGUUACACCGUCUUCCUUCUUAGAAUUACACACUGGAAAUGUGUCCCGGUUUUCUUUGUUGUUGUAUUUUAAAGGACUUCAGAUUGUGUUUUAUAUAGAGGGACAAGUCUGACCAUUCAUGGACUGAUUUUCUUUCAGAGGAUUGUUCUGUUCUAUGAUUUCGAUUCUAAAUCAUAUUUCUAUAUGCUGCAUGUGUGACGCCUUUGAAGGCUGUGCAGACUAAGUUUGGUUACUCUCAGGCCCCAAGUAUUGGAAUUUUAACAAGACACUGACUUGUUCUGUAGGACCUGUAGGUGACAGCUCUUCAAAACUGGUCUCUCAUCCAUCCUGCGCCAAGACAAGGCCACCGUGUGUUCUUGGCCAGUAGCAGUCAUGGGCAGGACGCCGAUGAGUUGUAAGGGAGUGUAAAAUUUCUUGGCAAUCAGAUGGAUAAAUUGUGUGCUUUUUACCUUAAAUAGGAAAUUGUUUUCUAAAACUAAAAUACUUGAAUUGUCAGACAAUACAAUCUGUUUGUAUUAGUUUUUUGAAUGGUCCCUUUGAGGAAGUGUAACAAUCCAUGAAAUGUGAAUAAAUGGAAAGUAAACAAAAUCAGUGUUCAGCAGCUGCAUUUCCUCGGGGAUACACUCAGCGCUGAUACAGGUCAGGCCAGCCUGCAGAAAAGAACCACAGCUGAGACAAGAUGGCCGCUUGACAUGGAGGCAAAGUUGGGGCGCUUCAAGUGGUUCAGCUCUUGGGCUCCUACCGGGCUGUUGUAACAAUGAAAUUGGAAAUACCAGACCCUCAAUUGGCCAGCCUGCAGAGCACUGUGCUGGGUGCUUCACGAACACUGGCCAGUCCUCAGAGCAAACCGUGGAGUUAGGGGCUGGUGUUAGGUUUAGUUUCUCUUACAAAUGUAGUGAAGUUGGGAUUUGCGUUCGAGUCUGUUUCAGUCAAAAACUGGGCUCUAAAAGGACAUUUUAAGAGUCCUUAUUCCCAUUUCCUGUGUGGGAACAGGAAAUGUUUCUCCCUCUCUCCCAUUUCUCCCUACUUUAUCUUGU